AUGGCCCAGCCUCCCAGGCCUCAAGUUCAGCCUUGCCGGUACAAGACGGGCAAGACCCUCGGCGCCGGCUCAUACUCUGUCGUCAAGGAAUGUGUGCAUAUUGAUACGGGUCGCUACUAUGCAGCCAAGGUCAUCAACAAGCGGCUCAUGGCCGGUCGCGAGCACAUGGUCCGCAAUGAGAUCGCAGUCCUGAAAAAGGUGUCUGUUGGGCACCAGAAUAUCUUAACUCUGGUGGAUUACUUCGAGACCAUGAACAACUUAACCGACCUCGCUUUGGGAGGCGAAUUGUUCGACCGCAUCUGCCGUAAAGGCAGCUACUUCGAGACCGAUGCUGCCAGCCUGAUUCGCGCGAUCCUUUCUGCGGUCGCUUACCUGCACGACCACGGUAUCGUGCAUCGCGACCUCAAGCCCGAGAAUCUGCUCUUCCGUACACCAGAAGACAACGCGGAUCUUCUGAUCGCCGAUUUUGGUCUUUCGAGGAUCAUGGACGAGGAACAGUUCCAUGUUUUAACCACUACGUGUGGUACGCCGGGGUACAUGGCCCCGGAGAUCUUCAAGAAGACCGGUCACGGCAAGCCAGUCGACAUCUGGGCCAUUGGCGUCAUCACCUACUUCUUGCUGUGCGGAUAUACCCCCUUUGAUGCGGACUCGAACUUGGAAGAGAUGCAAGCCAUUCUCAAAGCCAACUACUCCUUCACUCCGGAGGAUUACUGGCGCGGUGUCUCACAAGAAGCGCCGAAUGACCGCACACGAAGCAUUGCAGCAUCCCUGGAUCAACCCACCGUACGACGACCCACGCACCGGCUCUGGGCCGACCUGUUGCCUACCAUCAAGAAGAACUUCAAUGCCCGUCGCACCCUGCACCGAGCUAUUGACACCGUGCGUGCAAUCAACAAACUGCGCGAGGGCGGUGGCUUCAUGAUGGACGGUGCAAUGAGCAUCGACCCCAAACCCGAGCGUGUCAAUGGCGACGAGAUCACCUUCGAAUCGGACCAAGCGACACCAACCCAGGAUGUCAUGCAGAUUGAUAGCCGCGGGAACGCGCGCGGCCAGAGUGAGGCACAGAUCCAGGAACAGCAGCGUCGAGUCAAGGAAACCAUUGCUGGUUUAUGGAGUCGUUCGGGCCGGUAA